AUGAAGUACACAAACUAUGGAAACAGAAUGGAUGGUAUGACACCCGAGCAGAAAAUUCAGGAUAAUCAAAAUUUUCUGGAGCGGGUCUAUCUUCAUCCAUUGACACAAUAUCAGUCCGGCAAUUGCGUUGAUCCGACUCAUGUGACGUAUGACAGACAGCAUUCACGGUGGAUCGAUCCUUCACCGGAAGUCCUUGAGCAGAUUUGCCAGCGAAACGGGGAAUUAGAAGAUCCAUUAUCAAGUAAAGAUAAUCCAAGAUCAUUGUAUCCGGAAGUUCCAAAUGCAAAUGCACCCACAGAGCCCUAUUAUGCCCACAAUGUAUUGAAUAGAACGGAUAAUUCAGUUUUAGCUCAACAGACAAGUACCGAAGCAUCAAUUGCCCCAUCUGUUUCAGCAGCUGGUCAUUCUAUUCCGGUCAAAAACUACAAUAACCACCACACCAUCACGACGGAAGACCAAAGCCAUAGGAGCCAGAACUUGAUUGACAAAAACAUGCAAGAAACGCAAAAUGAAAACCUAAUUGCAGAUGCUCAAUCGGAUGGUUCAGAUGGCGAGACUCCAGAGACUAGUAAGUCGAAGAAUAAGGGAGCAUCUAAGAGAAAGCAUAGACCUUGGACAACACGUACUGAGUCCGCUUAUCCACGUGUUUGGAUGACUGAACAAGAAAUGAAGCUCAUAGAUCCAGAUUAUGAGAAGAAUCCUCGAUUGGCCUUUCAAGAUAUGACUAACGCCAAGAAUGGAAUGAAGUCUUUCCAAAUAGACUGGGAUCAAGUAGAGUUAUUGAAUGAACACCGUCGGCAUGUCGCAAAUCAGGAAAAGGAGCGAAUGAAGCGGUCCGCCCCUGGAACAUACGCAAAAAACUUUGUACCUAAGCCCUAUUGUCCAAAGGGUAGACUUCGAGAAUGUCGUGACGAGUGGUUGAGAAGAAAACAAAUGGGAGACGCUUCUGAUUCAUGGACAAAUCGGAUGAGACGAAUGGCUGACCAUACGCGGUAUAACCCUCAACUAGAGGGUGAUUCUGUGCAGUGA